UUUGCUAGUAAAGUUUUUAUGAGGACUGAAAUAAGAUAGACGCAUCUGUUAUUUUCUCUCUCCCAAACAGAGCCCCCUCCUCUUUUUGAAAGCCGGAAAAUCAAACAAAACCCUUUUAAAACUUUCCGGCAAAAAUUUCGAAGCCAGCGGAGAAUGGUGCCCCCUGAAAACCCCAGUUACUGGUCUCACUUCGACUACUCAACCUUGAUCGACGAUAUCCCUGUUCCCGACGGACCUUACACCGGUUUUUCUUGGUCCACGCAGCCAACCAACGCUCCUUCUACUGCUGUCAAUGUGGAAGUUGACAACUCGUUUGGGGAUCUGGAUGGCCUUACGGAAUCUGGUUCAAAGAAGAGGGGUAGAUCUGAAUCAUGCAACCCUUCUAGCUCCAAAGCAUGUAGGGAGAAGUUGCGUAGGGAUAGGCUAAAUGACAAGUUUAUGGAGCUGGGAGCUAUUUUGGAACCUGGAAGGCCUCCCAAAACAGACAAGUCUGCUAUUUUGGUGGAUGCUGUUCGAAUGGUGACCCAGUUACGAGAUGAAGCCCAAAAAAUGAAGGAUUCAAAUUCAAGUCUCCAGGAAAGGAUUAAAGAGUUAAAGGCUGAGAAGAAUGAGCUUCGUGAGGAAAAGCAGAGGCUGAAAGCCGAGAAGGAAAAGCUGGAGCAGCAACUCAAAACCAUGAAUGCACAACCUAGCUUCAUGCCUCCUGCGCCAGCAAUCCCUUCUGCAUUUGCUGCUGCUGCCGCCCAAGGUCAAGCUCAUGGGAACAAGUUGGUUCCUUUCUUUGGUUAUCCAGGAGUGGCAAUGUGGCAAUUCAUGCCACCUGCAGCAGUGGAUACCUCACAGGAUCAUGUACUCCGCCCUCCGGUUGCAUAAGGUGGCAACCAAUAAUGAAUUGGGAUUUGCAUCAAAAUGCAAACAAGGGUAUUGGUUUUGUCAUUUUUCUGGGAUGUUCCAGUAUUUACUGAAGUUCUCUAACUGGGAUUUCUUGGGUGACUGUCAUUGUACUCUUACAAUUCGAUACUGGUAAUCACAUGUAAAUUUUUAAUAAGUUAAUCAGGGCAACCUGUGUUUCUCUGUUCUAUAA